AAGGGCACGUGUUAAGAUCCGCCAUUGAUGACUCCAGGAGAGAAACAACACGAAAUAGCCACUAUAGAAAACCCAUCUCCGAAUAGAAAAAAACAACCGACAGAGUGUUUGAAACAUGUUUCAUGGAUGUAGGAAGCAUCUCUUCAGCUUUCUUGUUCGCAACAGUAUCUUCUUGAUUUCUGAUUUUUGGGUGGUGGUGGGUUUGGUUUCUGAAAAGUGGUUUUGUUUUCACGUUUCACGUGCAUUUGUAACCUAUCUUGAACCUUCUUGUUGAAUCUUUGGGGCCCUUCCUCUUCUUCCAUUUGGGUUUGAUGGGGUUGUGGGGUUAGGUUGCUAAAAUAAAAUUGAUCGGUUUGUUUCUGAAAGAAGUUUUUGUGUUCACGUUUCAUGUGCAGUUCUGAUUUUGCUUGCUUGAGCCUUGUUGUUGAAUCGCAGAGACCCUUCUUCUUCUUUCAUCUGGGUUCAAUGCUGUUGUUGAAUUGGGGUAUUUGUUUUAGAAAAGUGUGUUCGUUUUGGUAAUAAGUGAGCAGAGCUGGUGUGGGUCAUUUCCUCCAAUUGGGUUUCAUAGUUUUUUGUUUGUUUGUUUUUAAUCAAUUUGGGUUGUUUGGUUCUACUGGUAGGUUUGUUUUCGAUUUUUGAGUGAAUGGAUCCUGUAAAAACACCAUUGUUGUCAACCAAAGGUGAGAAGCCCAACCAGCAUGAGCGAAUACGAGGCCGUGACUCAGUCACUGCCCUCAAACGUGAUUUCUUCUCCCAAUUGCCUGAAAAGAUCAGGUCUCAGCUUGACCCUGAGACUCCUUUUGAACUUGACCUUUCCAAAACCAAUGGCUUGGUUGAAGGAGAGAGAGAAUACUACGAAAAACAAUUUGCCACCCUCAGAUCCUUUGAGGAAGUUGACUCUCUAGCCUCAUCUCAUGUCACCAGUGAAGAGCAAGAUCGUGAACAACAAACCCAACAUGAAAGAGCAAUGAAAACAUCAAAUUGGGCAAAUAUAUUUUUGCUUGUCUUUAAGAUUUAUGCUACAGUAAGGAGUGGAUCCUUGGCUAUUGCAGCAUCAACAUUAGACUCUCUGCUAGAUCUGUUGGCUGGUGGCAUUCUCUGGUUCGCACACCUGUCAAUGAAAAACAUAAAUAUCUACAAAUAUCCUAUUGGGAAAUUGAGGGUACAACCAGUAGGCAUUAUCGUCUUUGCUGCAGUCAUGGCUACACUCGGCUUUUUGGUGCUGAUCCAAGCUGUUGAAGAAUUGAUAAAAAACGAACCAUCUGAAAAGAUGACAUCAGAGAAAUUGGUGUGGUUGUAUGCAAUAAUGCUCACAGCUACAGUAGUAAAACUUGCCCUUUGGUUUUACUGCAGAAGCUCAGGAAACAAGAUUGUUCGUGCCUAUGCAAAGGAUCAUUAUUUUGAUGUUAUAACAAAUAUAGUGGGUCUGAUUGCUGCUGUUCUUGGUGAUAAGUUCUUUUGGUGGAUUGAUCCAGUGGGUGCUAUUAUCCUAGCGGUGUAUACAAUUUCAAAUUGGUCUCGAACGGUUCUAGACAAUGCAGUUUCACUGGUUGGACAAUCGGCUUCUCCUGAGGUCCUGCAGAAACUCACGUACCUGGUCAUAAGGCACGACCCUAAAAUCAAACGUGUUGACACUGUCCGAGCCUACACCUUUGGUGCUCUCCAUUUUGUCGAGGUGGACAUAGAAUUGCCUGAAGAUUUGCCUCUGAAAGAAGCUCAUGCAAUCGGAGAAUCAUUGCAGAUAAAGAUCGAAGAACUCCUCGAAGUUGAACGGGCGUUCGUUCAUCUAGAUUUUGAGUGUGAUCACAAGCCAGAACACUCGGUUCCCAGUAAGAUUCCCAAUAGCCCCCGGUGAUGCUCAGCUUCUCAUCGUUGUCCUUCCUCUUCUAAUCUUCUACGUACUUUAAAACUUUAAAGUCUUACUUGCAGUUGAGAGGCGUGUGAAAUGUAUACAAAUACAUCAGGUUGAGAGAAAAGGUAACAUUCAGCAGAUGUUUUGGCUUGAAA